AUGUCUUCCAUGCUUAGGAAAGGUGGAAAGUCAUUCAAGCCAAGCGCUCGCCCUCGACCAAAUGCUACGAGGCCUUCUCAAUCACAACCUGCUACACGCCCAGGUUCUGAUAUUCAAUCACAGACAACAGUAUCUGCGACGCAAUUAUCCAAUUCUACACCUACGUUCACCGAAAAUAUAGCGGAGAAAGAAACUUCGCAAUCGAUACAAGUAACCCCUCAAUCAAAACCGACUCCGCAAGCUCAACCUCAAACACCACUUAGCACUGCGAACAAUGAUAAUACCCCUGCAAUCGAAACCACGGCCAAAAGAAAGGUCGGGGCAGAUGAAGUUGAGACCACGGCUCAACUCGAGCACCCACCUUCGAAGGCCCGCAAGUUAACCCCUCCUUCGGAUCAAGUGCACCAUUUCGAAAAAAGCGCGUCCUCGGAAACGGUUCCAGCUGCGUCUGCGAGCGCAUCCGCAGCACCCGAUCAACCAUCAAGGUCUACUCAACAAACAUCAUCACAAACCGAAGCAGCGUCGGCUUCUUUAAAUACACAAGGAUCGAUUCAACCAAGUCCUAUUGGACAGGACCAGGUGACUGACAAAGAAUUGCCUUCAAGUAGCUCUUCAACUACAGGCAAUGCUACCAAUAGAAAACCCGUUCCAGCGAAACCAACUCAAUUGACAAGUAAUUCUACCUCUACUCUCCCCACAGGAGCUUCGCAAAUUACUACUACAAUCGACAAUGCACAAAAUGAUUCCCCGUCUACGAACGUAGAAAUUGCGGGGGAAAAUGGUCAGACACGGAACUUGGAGCCGGAAAGAAACUCGCAAAAUACACUACUCGGCGCUGUUGGGGCUCCUACUGGACCUGGACAACUAGUUGAUAUGUCUAUACAAACGACGCCCGCAUCUUCCGAGGACGCGGAUUUAUCCGGCAUGGGAGCGGGUGAGGCCAGCCAGACAUCUCAUCUAGUCUCCACGGCUACACCGACUCUCGAAGAGACACCUACUCCAAUUGGCGAAGAAGCAGCGCCGGCCGCCAAAAAGCCAAGGAAGAAAGCGGCACCGAGGAAGAAGAAGGUCCAGGUUGAAAAUGGCGAAGAACCUAGAACUGAAGUCGAGAUUCAACUGAACAGACCGCGUCAGACUCCAGGAAACACUCGGGAACGCAGGAAGAAAGAUGGUGCGGUAGCGAAGAAAAGAAAGGAUCGGGAGGGCACGCCAGAAGAUGCGGAAAAUGAAGUUAUCGAACCUGCGGUCAUGAAAAUGGCAGACCUUUGUAAAGACAUUCGCAUUGGCAAGAAGUUCAGCAAACAUGACGAACUCAAGCUGAGGCAUGCCCGAAAGAAGAUCGAUGCGCAAUUGGCCGAACGUCCUGAACUUGCUGGUUUGAUCAAUAAUGCACCAGUUGAGGGUAACGCUGAGUCUCGUGCAGAGCCUGCCGAGGAGCCUGUCAUAAUCAUGAACAAUAACGGAUUGCAAAUGCGAGUUAUAGAUGGACAGAUUGUACUGGAUGACCGCUCUUUACAAGUGGAUCGGCAUAGGCAAGCACGAGAUGAGGGUCUAGUAUUGGAAGAAAUCGAGGAGAACGAAUUCACAAGAGCCGUGAACUCUGGGCAAUAUAUGAAGCGUGCUCCAGCUGUACGGUGGGAUUCCAAUGCGAAUGAGUUAUUCUAUCAGGGUCUACGACAAUUCGGUACAGCAUUCGAAAUGAUUGCCGCGAUGUUCCCAGACCGCAAUCGAAGGCAAAUCAAGUUGAAAUUUGUACGAGAAGAACGUCAAAAUCCAGCUAAAGUCGAUCGGGCUCUUAAGGGCAAAACAGAAGAGAUUGACUUUGAAGAGUACACUCAGCUUACAGGCCAAAAAUUUGAAGAUUCAGCAGACAUCCAAGCAGAACACCAACGACUCGAAGAUGAGCACAAUGCGGAGGAGGAGAAGGUCGAAGCUGCUAAAGCGGCAGCGGAUAAGAGAAAGAAAGAAGCUAUUUCUAAGGCUGCGAGAAGAGGCCAAGGUGCCACCAGCGAUGGUGAAGAUGGACCAGAGUCGCAGAAGGAGAACGCUGGUGCUACCUUGGCAGGGAUGGGGAAGAAGAAACCAGCUAAGUCUAAGAAGUCCAACAAAGCUUCUAUGCUAGGUGGCGGGGAGGAACUCGAAAUUCUUGGGACGGUGCAAUAG